AUGAAAUUUAUGAAGCUUGGUUCCAAGCCUGAUCAGUUUGAGACUGAUGGAGAUAAUAUCAGGUAUGUGGCAACUGAGUUGUCAACUGAUAUAAUCAUCAAUGUUGGGAAUGUAAAAUUUUAUCUGCACAAGUUUCCCAUCUUGUCCAAGAGUGCUCGCCUGCAGAAGCUCAUUGCUAGUACAAAUGAUGAAAGCAAUAAUACAAUUGACAUUCAUGAUAUACCCGGUGGACCUGCUGCCUUUGAAAUAUGUGCUAAAUCCUGUUAUGGGAUGAUAGUAACUCUCAAUGCAUACAAUGUGGUUGCGGUACGUUGUGCGGCAGAGUAUCUUGAAAUGUACGAGACAGUUGAGAAAGGAAAUCUUAUAUACAAGAUUGAAGUCUUUUUAACCUCUAGCAUUUUCCGAAGCUGGAAGGAUACUAUUAUUGUUCUUCAAACAACAAAAUCUAUGAUUCCAUGGUCAGAGGAAUUGAAGGUUGUCAACCACUGCAUAGAUUCUAUAGCUACUAAAGCUUCUAUUGAUCCUUCGAAAGUUGAGUGGUCAUACACGUAUAAUCGUAAAAAAUUCCCAUCUGAGAAUGGAAAUAAUUCACAUUGGAAUGGUGUGAAAAAACAACAGAUGGUGCCGAAAGACUGGUGGGUAGAAGACCUCUGUGAGCUUCAAAUUGAUUUAUAUAAGCAGGUAAUAACAACAAUAAAAACAAAAGGAAGAAUGUCUGCAGACACCAUAGGAGAAUCUCUGAAAGCAUAUGCUUCAAGAAGGCUGCCAGUUUUCAUUAAGGGUACAGUACAAGGAGAUGAUGUUGCAAAAUACAGGUACUUGGUUGAUACCAUAAGUUCGUUAUUGCCCUCGGAGAGAGAUAGCGUUUCUUGUAGUUUCUUGUUCAAGUUAUUACAAGCAUCUAUAACAUUAGAAUGUGGAGAGACAAGAAGAAAAGAAAUCAUGCAAAGGAUUGCAGAACAGUUGGAUGAGGCCAUGGUUGGUGAUCUUUCGUUUCAUUCUCCAACUGGUGAAACAGCACUGUAUAACAUAGAUAUAGUACAUGACUUGGUCGAGCGGUUUGUGAUGCAAAAACACAGUGCUGGUGGUAAUGAAUUUCAAGAGAGAUGCACUAAAUUUACUUCAGACGAUCCCAGGAUUAAGGUGUCCAGAUUGGUUGAUGAUUAUCUUGCUCAAGCUGCAAGAGAUUCCAGUUUACCUUUGUCAAAAUUUGUGGAUCUAGCUGAACUUGUUUCUGGCUUUCCAAGACCAACCCAUGAUAGUAUUUACCGUGCUAUUGACAUGUUCUUCCAGGAACAUCCUAGUCUGACCAAGAGUGAGAAGAAGAGGAUUUGCAGGUUAAUGGAUUGCAAGAAGCUCUCUGCUGAAGCCUGCACCCAUGCCGUACAAAACGAGAGGCUCCCAUUACGGGUGGUUUUGCAGGUUCUUUUCUUCGAGCAAGCUCGAGCAACAUCAUCCUCUGGCGGUUGUAACACAUCCGACCUACACGAUUCCAUCAGAACCUUAUGCCUGGGUGGGUCCCAUGGGAGUUCCAGUUCAGCAACGACCAACACAGAUGAGGAUUGGGAUACUGUCCAAAGCAGCGAUGAUCUCAAGCCUUUAAAGGGAGAACUCACUUCUCUAAGGUUGGGGAACAGAGGAAGUGGCAAUGACAAUAGCCCGAAUGAUGCAAAAUCUGACACAGAAAAAGUUGCUACCAAUAAAGUAAAGAAGAUCUUCUCGAAACUCUGGUCUAACAAAGACAGAAUGGGCGAGAUCAGCAGCUCGGAUACAUCUGAGAGCCCGGCUUCUCCAAAUGCAGAACAGAAUAGGUCCACCCCUUCGAGAAGUAGGAGGCAUUCCUUGUCUUAA